GACGCAGAGUAUAAGGGGGGAUUCGGAAAAACAGAUGUUGUUAUACGUACAAAAGUGAUAAGUUGGAAGUCGUAUCGCAGGAGGCGAUAGCGUUUGAAUAAGUUUCAAGUUUAAAGAUUGACGGUUGGCCGUAAUCUCAACGUUUCAAUAACAUAUUUGUGUCGCAAAGAACCAACGUUUGGAACUCCGUAUCAUAAAUCGUGCACAAACCACUGUAAAUAUCCUAUCAAGUGUUAAAUACAAUUGUCAAAAUACAGUCCCAUCGUUCGAGUGAAGUCUCGAGAGCAGUGAACCAGCACUUCGCGCAGAUUGUGCGAAACGUGGUCCUUCGAGCCGGAUAGAGUAGCAGAAUUCGAGAACACAUAGAUAGGAUAAAAAAGGGUUGUUCACGAUGUCAGAGCUAACAAGAAAGCGACAGUCGAGGAGUGGGCAUAAAUCGUACGCCACAAAAGUUGUGAACAAGGUGAGAAGUAUGGUAAACGACAAUGCGCCAUUAAGGAAAGUCGAACUGGAACAAAUGCGGCUUGUACUCGUACAGAAAUUGGAUACAAUUUCGAAGUUAGACGAUGAGAUUCAGAGCUUGUUGGAAAAGGAUGACGAUAUUGCAGCAGAUAUCGACAGCUCAUCGGAAUACGGCUGCGAAGUUCUGGGUGCGUUGGCCGAAAUUAACGAAGCGCUGAGCACGAUAGAGACGAACAAACGAAACGAGGAACUCGCCAACACAUCGACAAGUACAGUAUCCAGUGGGGCACGCUGUAGAGUGAAGCUGCCUAAACUAGAGGUGAAAAAGUUCUCGGGCAAGAUACAAGAUUGGCGUGAAUUCUGGGACUCUUUCGAAAGUUCCAUUCACAACAAUGACGGACUGUCUGAGGUCGACAAAUUCACCUAUCUGAGGGGACUGGUGGAGGAGCCGGCCAAGUCAGCAAUUUCGGGAUUUGCUCUGACUUCGAUUAACUAUACAGAAGCACUGAAGGUGUUAGAACGGAGGUACGGGAGCAAGGUGAUGGUGCAAAGGGCACACGUAAAUGAUUUGAUGAACUUAAAACCCGUGUACAACGAGAGUGACACGACGAGGCUGCGCAAGUUCUUCGACGCGGUCGAAACAAAUUACCGAGGACUCGAGGCGCUCGGUGUAAAGGAGGAAACGUACUGCGAGAUAGUCGUGCCCAAUCUUCUAGCAAAGAUACCGAACUCAUUAAAACUGACAAUUACCAGGGGAAGAGACUACUUAGAGUGGGGCAUGAAAGAUUUUGUCGACGCAUUACAAGCCGAAGUGGAGCUGCGGGAAUGCCACAAAUUAGCGGUCGGAGAGAAAGAAGAAGAUCAACGAAGAAGACGACGGGAACCGGGAACAGCUAGCGGGUUGUUUGCCAGCCGCAAAAACCGAUUGUUUUGUGCUUUCUGCUGUGGAGAGCACAAGCAUGAAGAAUGUACCAAGGUAACAGGGCGGCAAGAACGGAUGCAACUUCUUCGUAAGUUCAAACGAUGUUUCAUUUGUUUAAAUAAGGGACAUGUAGCUAAAGAUUGUCGUGCACGUAUUAAAUGUAGUGUAUGUGGGGAGGGUCAUCAUGUUUCCAUAUGUGAUAAGAUAAAUAAUAACCAGAAGGAUGAAAGAAAUAGUCGGGAAGAAAGUGGACAGGUUAGUGUAGCUAAUGUCCACGUUAGUACUAGAAGUAGGGUGGCUCUUCAAACUGCGCAGGGAGUACUUAUAGGAAAGGGUAAGACAAGAGUGCGAGUGCUUUUCGACUCGGGAAGUCAGAAAUCCUUUGUGACGUGUGACGCGAAGAGUGCCAAGCAACGUUGCCAGGCGAGAAUGGUUGGAAGUUAA